CUCGGUCUGUUCCUCUCCUUUGUGGUUUGGCUGGAAAUAGUAUAAAAGCAACCCCUCAACUGCCUCUCUAAGAAAAGGCGUCCAUUUGCUGCGGUUUGUGUCCUUUCCAGGGAAGACGCCAUUAGAGUCCUGAGUGUAUCCCAAGAACCAAAGGACCAAAAUGUCUCCAAAGGUCUUCUUCAGCCUUGGGCUCUUGGGAUGCCUGUUGGCCGGGCCAUUCAUGGGCAGUAAUGGCGCCCAGGUGGCAGCUUGUCCCACCAACUGGCUCUCCUACAAUGGCCGCUGCUACGGCUACUUUGCUCAGGAGCUGAACUGGCAGAUGGCGGAGGCACAGUGCCGGCGCCGCGGGGGCCACCUGGCCUCCAUCCUGGAUGAGAACGAACAUGAGGCCGUGGCCACUUACCUGCAAGGGGCCCAGAGGUGGGACGACGACGACGUCUGGAUCGGGCUCACAAUCCCCAACAGGAGCCGCGCCUGGAGCUGGGUGGACGGCAGCCCCUUGGCCUACUCUGCCUGGGAGAAGAACAAGAGCUACUUUGCCCUGAAGGGCGAACACUGUGCGCUGCUGGACGAGUCUUCAGGGUCCCUGCUCUGGGACAACGACUCCUGCUUCGACCGCAACCCUUUCCUCUGCAAGGUGUAGGGCUGGACCCUUGCCAAGACAGAUGCCCACCUGGCCCUUCCUAUGGACCCUUCCUAUGGAGGUCUCACCUAUUGCAUGGCUGCCUCUUCCCACCACUCUCCCACUCCUAAGUAACCCUCCCUUCCUUUCCCCAUCCAACUCUCUGGUUCCCAGUACUAUGAAAUCCACAAUAAAAUUGCUUCUGAGCACAGUAGUG